AAAAGUUAGGGCUAACACAGACAGGAAUUCAGUGCAGUCACAGCGCAGUCCUGAAGAACAAACGUCAUCAUGAUGGGCAAGAUCAUCUUCUACGAGGACAAGAACUUCCAGGGUCGUUCCUAUGAAACCAGCUCCGACUGCCCUGAGUUGACCUCCUACCUGAGCAAGUGCCACUCCUGCAGGGUUGAGAGCGGCAACUUCAUGGUGUACGAUCGCCCUAACUUCAUGGGAAACCAGUACUUCAUGAGGAAGGGAGAGUACUCUGACUACAUGAGUAUGAUGGGAAUGAGGGAGUGCAUCAGGUCCUGCCGCAUGAUCCCCAUGCACAAAGGAAACUUCAGGAUGAGGAUCUACGAGAGGGAGAAUUUCGGAGGUCAGAUGCACGAGAUGAUGGACGACUGUGACUCCAUCCAGGAGCGUUACCGUAUGUCCGACUGCCAGUCCUGCAACGUGAUGGACGGCCACUGGCUGAUGUACGAGCAGCCCCACUUCAGAGGCAGGCAGAUGUACAUGAGGCCUGGAGAGUACAGGAACUUCAGAGAGAUGGGCAUGGGAAUGGGUGGCAUGGGCAGCAUGAGUGGCAUGAGGUGCAUGAGCAUGAGGCGUAUCAUGGACAACAUGUCUAUGUAAAUGCUCCAAUGUUUAAUGAAAAAUGUAUUUCUGGUUGGUCUCUGUGGGACGAUUCAUGAAAGGUUAAAAAAUAAAAACAUUUUAACCCCAAAA